UGGCGGCUCCGAGGAGAGUGGUUACCGCCAUGAUCGAGCAGCCGAAGCGCAAAGGCCCGGAGCUACCACUGGUUCCUGUCAAGCGGCCGCGGCAUGAGUUGCUGUUGGGAGCGGCGGGGUCUGGCCCCGGAGCCGGACAGCAGCAGGCGACUCCGGGAGCUUUGCUACAAGCGGGGCCUCCGAGGUGUUCGUCCCUGCAAGCCCCAAUCAUGUUGCUCUCGGGACAUGAAGGAGAAGUGUAUUGCUGCAAGUUUCACCCCAAUGGAUCCACAUUGGCAUCCUCAGGAUUUGACCGACUCAUAUUAUUAUGGAAUGUCUAUGGUGACUGUGAUAACUACGCUACAUUGAAGGGACACAGUGGCGCAGUGAUGGAACUGCAUUAUAACACAGAUGGCAGCAUGCUCUUCUCAGCAUCGACAGAUAAGACAGUGGCUGUGUGGGAUAGUGAAACAGGCGAGAGGGUGAAAAGGCUGAAGGGACAUACGUCCUUUGUGAACUCCUGUUAUCCAGCCCGGCGGGGCCCCCAGCUGGUCUGCACUGGCAGCGACGAUGGCACAGUUAAGCUCUGGGACAUCCGCAAGAAAGCAGCUAUCCAGACAUUUCAGAACACUUACCAGGUGUUGGCUGUGACCUUCAAUGACACCAGCGAUCAGAUUAUCUCUGGUGGAAUAGACAAUGACAUCAAGGUUUGGGACCUGCGUCAAAACAAAUUAACCUACACCAUGAGAGGCCAUGCAGACUCUGUAACUGGCUUGAGUUUAAGUUCUGAGGGAUCUUAUCUCUUGUCCAAUGCAAUGGACAAUACAGUGCGUGUCUGGGAUGUCCGGCCCUUUGCUCCCAAAGAAAGAUGUGUGAAGAUAUUUCAAGGAAAUGUGCACAACUUUGAGAAGAACCUCCUGCGGUGUUCUUGGUCACCUGAUGGAAGCAAGAUAGCUGCUGGCUCAGCGGACAGGUUUGUGUACGUGUGGGACACCACGAGCAGGAGAAUCCUGUAUAAGCUGCCUGGCCAUGCUGGCUCCAUCAAUGAAGUGGCGUUCCACCCUGAAGAGCCUAUCAUUCUCUCAGCAUCCAGUGACAAGAGGCUGUAUAUGGGUGAGAUUCAGUGAAGAUGUGGGAUGGAAGGCUCCCCGGCUGUGUGACCUGAGGCUCAUACUACAUUAUGGCCAGAGUCAUAUGGUGUCCAAGCUGACCUGCCUUCAGAUGACCGUCACUAGCAAGCAGCUGGAGGUGAUGGCCGUACUCCAGCAACCAUUUGUACCCCAUUUACAGAACAGCUGUGGCCUCUGGUACCACCUGCCACAUUUCAGGGAUUGGUUUCUUUUUUUUAAAAAAAAAAAGAAAAAAAAAGAUUUCUUCAGAAGGACAAACAUUGGUUUGAGGUCUCCUGUUUUUUAACCUAUGCUGGAGACAGGGAACGUCAGUUGAAAUUUGUUGAAUUUGUUUUCUGUCUAUUUUAAAUUGAGUAACUGGCUUGUAUGAUAUUUUUCUUUCUUGUUUGAGUCAUUUUGUAUUAAAAAUCCAAACAGAUAACCUUUUUACAAGAACUUUGUGGCUUAGAUUUCUUAUUUCUUGCUGUCUUUUCUCUGAGGCUUGAUUGCUGUAAGUCAGAGGGAGUAUAUGGCCGGUAGAUACGAUCCAUCUGCUCUUCAGUGACUCUAUUUUCUUGGAGUCCCCCCCUUCUGUUUAGGUUUCCUCACUGUUGUGAAAAUAACAAGGUGUAAUUAUCAGUAGCAGAUACUUUCCUGUAAUUACAGCAGAGCUUCCAGAAGGUGAUGAAUGAGGUCCAGAGGGGCCUGGCCCUGGGUCUGUCUACUCUGCCUCCUGCCCAAAGCCCUUUCCUUAGCGGCAGUCCUGUGCUCGGGGCUCCUGGGGAACCAGAGCUGUGGCAGCCCCAGUCGGGGCCCCUGGCCAGGAUGCAGCUUCAUGAGCAGCCCAAGUGGGAGAUGGGUGUUUCCCUAGGCUUUGACCGUGGCAUUUAUGAUCCUGUUUACCUGUCUGACUUUGCUGAUCUGACAGGGAUGUUGAGAAACGCUGUCGUGUGCCUUCUACUAGGACAGGUUCCUCCCUGCCUUGGCUCUCUGGUUGACUGUGUCCAGCACACAGACAGGCACUAAUGAAUCCAUCUGCUCCAAGGAAAUAGAAUGUAUAUUUUUUUAACCUUCUAUCUCUAAGCAAAAGUCUUCUUAUCUUUAAUAAUUCUGGGCAUGUUUGGCUUAGACUUUGGGCUCAUGAACUUCAUAUUUCUCAUAAGUCAAAGAAGAUGCUGCCG